UGACGGUGCUGCACGGUACCGACGGACGCGCCGUAACGUUACUGCUCGACGGAGACUCUGCUGCGGCUCAACGCGUUCAAAGAUUUAACGACCGUGUUAUUUACCGUCGCUGUUUACCGGCUGCAUGUCGCACACCGUCAUCACGACGACGACAACAACGACCAUGACGUCCGGUGACGGUGUCCUGAACACGGGCUACGCCCGGACCAUCCCGGGGCUGCUCAAGAUCGGACAGAUGCUUGCUUUGCUCAUCGCCUUCCUUUGUGUCCGCUGUGCGCGGGGUUGGCCCAGCUGGGCAGCUUUCCAGUACUUUGAGGUUGUGACGCUGUGGUUCCUCAUUGCCUUCCUCAUCUUCUUCCUCAUGCACCUGUGCAGGCUGCAGGCGAAGAUGCCCUGCAUCAACUGGCCUCUGACGGAGUUCUUUCAUUACUCGGUUGGGACCGUCCUCAUCGCCAUCGCCUCCAUCGUGGCCGCGGUGAAGAGUGCAGGAGUUUCAGCGCUGGUGGUCGCGUCGGUGUUUGGGUUCAUCGCGACAUUCCUGAUGGCCGUUAGUUUGUGGACGUCUUACAGCGUGACCUGUGGCCCUCAUCAGACUGGUGCAGCAGUGUAAGAAAGCGAUCUGUCUCCAAGGAGCCAGAUGGCUGUGUUGGCCAUUUGCUGUGUCCUGGUCAAUUUUCUGCCUAGCAACCCCCUGGAAAUGAAUCUGAUUGGAUUAUAACUCAUACUGCAGAGGAAACAGAAGUGCUGAUCCAGGACCAGCCGUCGUUUUCAACAAUCGGAAACAUAAAUAUCCCUGAUCAUUACGGUAAAACGUGAGAGGACAGUAGUUACAGUAUCACUCUGAUUUCUUUAUUCCUCAUUGAAUCUGAUCAAACUUCUGAAAUCACAUUUACACACUGAAGGUGCUCAGUGCCACAUUUUUUGUUGUGUCAGUAUUUAUGGUCUAAUCAGUAUCAACGUGCAAACAGUCACCUGAUAUUGUUGUCACAACUACAUUUCCCAUCAUCCCUGCUGCUUCUCAUCCUGACUUCCCCUCCCUUAAAAAGGGUCAAGCUGUUUAAAAUAGUUUUCUGUUUCCAAAAACACUUCCCUUUCUUUCACCAUCAGCGAUCAGAGAUUUAGAGAAGCUUUUUAGAAAACUUUGAUCAUCCUGUGUUUUGUGCCAUAAAGCAGUCAGACAGUUUCCCUCACAGCUCUGAAUGCAGCCACAGUCUGUGUCGCCUCGUUGCAUUUCCUCAGUUUACAGUAUCCAGCUUGAUUUGCUUGAUUUUCCAUUCCAACAUUUUACUCUUCUUGGAAAAUUCCUCGAGCUCACUAAAAGCAGUUUGGACCACGGAUGCAUUAAGGUCUUUUUAAAAUCACGCUUCUUAAAUUCCAAGCAAUGAAAUGAUGCACAGUAUAGCCCUGUUAGCCUGCUAUGCUAAUUUUGAUGACGAUUUGUCAUCAUUCUGGUGUGCUAACAAACAUUAACAAGCUAAUAUUUCACAGAAAAUGUCCUGCAUGCUAAUGACUUUGUUAGCAUGCUAAAUUACUCAGGGGCUAAUACUUACGUGUGCUAAACAAUAAUAGCAUGCUAAAUAUGUGUGUGAAAUGAAACAAACAAACAUUAGCAUGCUAACAAUGCAAACCAACACAAAGACCAAGACAACAAAUGUUUGGUGAUGAUCUAUAUUUUCCUUAUUGUCAACAAACUCCGUGUGCAGAGCAAAACCUACGGCGAAUUGAUCUGAGAACGGCGUCCCAGCUGUUUACAAAAGUUUGAUUCUCUGUGUUUGUGAUUUGUUUUUUUAAAUUUUGGUCCUGAGCCAAUGGGCUGGAGCUGAGAGCCACUGACAGUUGGUUGAGUCUGCACAUGAGAUUUGUUGGAAAUAAGAAAAAUCUAAAAUAAUACCAUCAGUAAUGUUCAAACAGGAAUUUACUACUGUGUUAAAAAGAAAGAAUGUGCCAUUGAUUCGAGGUAUUAACGAUAAAAUUAUCAUUAACUUUUACUAAAGUGACCUAAAGCUUUCUCUGGUAGGGCAGUAACUCCCAUGAGACAUCAGAUUAACUAUUUAUAGGUAGAGUUUCGAGGACAGCCAAGCAAAUCAAUUUGCUGUCCAGUUUUUCUAAAGGACAGGACGACUGUCCAUGGUGCUUUUAAAAAUCAAACUGUAAGCCAUUAGAAUUUAAAUUCAAUCAGAAGUUUCUUUCCAUCGCACUCAGAAAGCCCAUCAGAAAGAAUUCUAAAUCAUCCCGAAAAAAAGAGCCAUGUUCAAAUGGAACUAAAAAGCGAAAAUGAUUUCUAUGGUGCCCUGCAGGGGUCAGAAAAUUACUGGUGUGGAAAUCUCUAAACUUUACGCACAUGUUAAUAAAACAUGCAUGGAUUAAUAGAAGUAUACGCAUAAAAUAAUUAAAUGUACAUAUUUUAAUAAUCAGAAUGUACACAUUGGUUUUUAAAGCUUGUCCCAUCCUGUGAAGGAUCUGAUCUGCGUGUAUGUAGGUUUCUCUGUGCGAGAUCUGCAGUAAGUGUGAGAUGUUUGAGACUGAAUAUCGAAGCAGGAAAAUGGAGGAUUCUGUCACUGGAGUGUGUCAUUGUCUGUUAAUGGUAGAUAUUUGGAAGGUUACCAUAGAAAUAUUUUUUAGUGUUUAGAGUUUAGAACUGUUUCCUCUGUGCUGCUCAUUUGAUAGAAAGGUGAAGAUGUGCAGGCAGAUGAGCAGCAGGAUGCAGGAGAGAGACUUUCAGCACAGAAUUAUGAUCCAAGCCCUGAAUUUAAAGAUUAGCUGCUACUGCUGUCAUGUAAAGAUACGUCUGCUCUGCAGAAGUCACUGCACACAGCUGAUGUACAUUGUAUGUACAUUAAUAUCUAUAAAUGGACUGAUGAAACGUAUGCACAGAUCAGAAACAUUUAUGCAUGGAUAAAUUGAUAAAAUAUAUGUACAGAUUGAUAAAAUGUACACACUGAUUGACAAUCAAUAGAACUCGCACAGGUUACUAAACCUUUUUAAUGAAAUCAUAAGAAAACUUACAAACAGAAAUGAAGCGUUCACACAGAUUAAUAGAAUGUGCAUACAGAAUAAUAAAACAGAACUACAUGUUUAUAAAACAUUUAUGAAAAAUGCAAACAGAUUAAUGCAAUGUAUGCAUGAGGUAAUAAAACGUACUGAUUCAUGUGCACAUGGAUUAAUAAAUCUAUUUGGUUAAAGGGACGUACAGAUUAAUGAAAUCUGUGCACAGGUCAAUCAGCCAUAUGCAUGAAAAGAUCAAACCUACAGCCAUUAAUGAUGAAUUGUAAACAUGGAUUUGUAAAACAUACAUUUGAUAGAAUUAUUAAAUGUACUUAAAGAUUAACUAAAACAUGCAUAUGGAUCAAUAAACUGUAUGUUCAGAUCAAAAAACAUGCAUGGGUUAGCAAAACGUAUGCACUGAUUCAUAGUUUUGAACUUUUGAAGACUUUUCUGCUGCUCAAAAUAAAAGAAGGAAAUUUGAAUUGUUUUGAGAAAGUUUGAAAGUAUUACUGGAGCAUUUAACUGUCACACCAGCGAAAUGAAAGCACAGACUAAAAGCUGGUGUCACUACACUUUAUUAAUGUGUGCGCACAAAUUUCCACAUCAUAUGGCCCCCGGCUCCAUAGUUCGCUGACCAAUCAGUGUAUCUGGGCCGUUAACCGUCCACUUAAUAAUACACCAAUGGCUAGGUGUAUUCAUUAAAAUGAAAUUUAUGUUUUUAAUUCUACAAACAUUUCUAAUCGACCUGACAUUCAGUGUUCCUACCCACCAAAAUGGGAGUUGAGUAACUCACUAAAUCUUCCAAUAAUACUUUUUUGGCACCUUUCACAAGAACUUUGGCCAAGUACAAAAAAAUAAACUCGCAUUUUUUACUUAAAUCAGAUGUUCACGUUGGACCAAAGGCGACCAACAGUAUGAAUCUGACCAGACAUUUGCUGCUAGCUUUCAGUACCUGACCAUUUUGAAUACCCUGCUAUGGACACCAAAAAAGUAGCUAGUCAGCUAAUGUUGUUUAAUCCUUAAAGUUCGUUGGUUAUUACCAACAUUUUUGGUGGAGAAUGACAUGAAACAAUUUCAUAUCGUUAAUGUGCACUUUGUUAUAUGGAAAAAAUAUUUCUGCUAAUUUUAAUUUUAUUCUAGGCUUAGCUAACAAGCUAACACUAGCAUAACUUGGCGUUGUUGUUGAUAUGACAUUAAUCUUGUUUGUUAGCCAGGGCAGCUUUUUUGUUUGUUUUCCUUUUACCUGUAUUAACUUUACAUUAUGUUUUGAUCACCAAUUCGUUGAAAACCAGUCAUUCUUACACGUUCAACCAACUCAACCAGUCUAAUUAUUUCUGCCACUACAGUGGUUCUGUCUCUGAGAAAUGUUUGUAGAAUUAAAUGCCAUAUCCACUGAUGUUUUCCUCUGGGUGCUGGAAGGACUUCAUUUAAAAAAAAUUAAUGUGAUUUAGUUUGAAACUUUCCUGCCAUUUCCUGUUUGAGAACUCGAUGAUGUGAAACUGCGCUCUGCUUUCAGUCAGAGACGUUAAUCCUCAGAUUACUGCCUUACUGUUGAUGAGAUGCCAAAACUCUUAGUGCGAUGCUUCAGGUUUUGCACUGAAUGUCUUUACAUUUCUUCUGAAGCAGCACCAAGUACAUUACGAAGGAUUUUUGUCUAAUUAAAUUAAAAUCGAAUGUUUCACUUUGACAUUGACCAUGUGGAAGCUUAGGUUUACUGGACAAAUUAGAAUGGAUUUAAAUACAGAUUAUUGCCUUAUCUCUGGUGCAACCCUCGAAGCUCCUACAUGCUGUGUGAUUACAGAGCAGUUGAACAGGUUCACUGCAGUUCACAGUGCGAGACAGGUCUAAUUAAAUUCUUCAAAGGUAUCAAGUAUUGAAACAUGUCAGAUUGUGAAAAAAGAAAAGUAACUGGCAACUGUUCUGAUAACUGAUGAAUUGUUAAUGUCAGUUUUUAAGCAAAGAAGCCAAACAUUUGAUAGUUCAGCUUCUCCAGUGUGAGGAUUUACUACCUUUUUCAGUCUGAUGUUGGAAGUUGGGAUUUGGACAGUUUCACGUUGGGCUGUGGGAUAUUAGGAUCACCAUAUUUUACUUCUUCUGGCCUCUUAAACAUAAAAUGCUUGGUCAAAAAAUGAUAAACAUUAAUUGAUAAUGAAAACAAUCAGUUGCCGUCCUGGAUGUAAGUUUAAUAAAACUGAGUGGGAGACAUUGCUAAGUUAGGUCCUAAAUUUCCACAAAGUCCACAAAGCUUUAAAUUGGUGCCUGAAGUUGGUGGACGUGUCUCACAGACUGAUCCAGGGCCCCUGUGUUGGAUUUCAGACCAAAGAUGUCGCCGCGUUUCUCUCACGAUUGUCAGCUUUUAUCGGAGACAGGCCAGAGUCACACAGUGUGUAGCAGUCUUUACAGUGUCACACCCUGACACAGGCACAACUCUUCAGAAGCUGUUUUUACACAGUAAAACGUCGCUGCGUUUCACUUUUACAUAUUGUGUUUAAGUUUUUGUGAUGGUCCAUGACGUUCACAUGUGCUGCGUUUGCUGCUUCACUGUACUGUAUUUUAGUUUGACAUUUGAAAGCUUUAUUUCCAUUAAAGAUGCACUGAUAAAACUUGUUGCUGAUACCAUUUUAGCUGACCACAGUGAAAUGAUCCCUGGUGUUAAUGAAUAUCAGAAGCUAAAGCACUUGUUUAGUAUCACUGGACAAAAGUCAUGUAGAUCUUUUGAGAUUUAGUUCGCACGACUUGAUUUAUUUCAAGAUUUUGUAUUUCUGUCAUUGAACUUUUGAUAUAUCAAGUUUUUCCAUCAGUAUCUGCCUGGUAACCAGUUUUGGUAUCAAAUUUGGAUAUUUUUUAUUGGUGCAUCCUUUAUUUUUUAACCUAAUGCUGAGUUUUUAUUGCUGCCUGGUCGUUUUGUGUGGAACCAGAAUGAAUCUGUCCAUCAGUGAGGAGGACUCCAGGAGGACACUUCAGCCCUGCUGGUCAUAUAAACUCUGACAGCUGUAACAACAUGAGAUUUGACCAGUGAUUCAUUCUGGCUCCAGCAAAACCAGCCUGUUUACAUUAUUUAUUUUGGCAUGUAUGUACUUUGUGAUGCUUAAUGAUUUUAUUCCCACUGAUGCAAAGUGACCUGAUUUAAGGUUGUGUGUCCACUGGGAGAUACAGAGUGCUGGUAAAUGGUCUGUAGUUUGGUGGCUCAUAAUUGCUGAUCCAGGACCGCCACAGUGCGUUAUGAUCUUGGAUGUACAAACUCACUGAGUGGAAGGCAGUGUUAGACUGUUGUGUCUUUUUGUGUGUGGGUUGUGUGGAGAGCUGUAAAAAGUGAACUUGCAUUAACAGCUUUUUACCCAGACUGAGAAAGGUUCUGUUAAAGUCAGGACAAAGCAGAAUCAGGAAAGAGAUCUUUGGUUAUCUUUGAUUUUCUGUAGUUUAUAUUGACUUUCACAGAACUGGUGUGUGAUAUCAGAAAAUUCAAUUUAGUCUGAUACCAAGUAAUACCAGGGCCAGAAUCCCCAAUAUCUUUAUCAAAAGCAUCUAAUGUACUAUUGUGUAUGAUUUAUGAGCUGAAUGCAUCAUUAAAAUGCUGCUGCCCGAUAAGUUACACUCGUAUUGACACUCAAAACAACACUUAGUGUAGAUAGUAUUGAUACUCUGGGGAUUGAUGCUUACCCCUGUGGAAGAGACCUUUCUUUAAGGUUAUGUAGAAGAUUGUGUCCAGUGAGUUUGUACUGUCAACAUUCUUCGCCAGCAGAUUUUACGAACUAUUGCGUGACGUAAAUGUUUCUCGAUGUGUCCGUUAACGAUUCUGGAUCAGCACUGGGGUUAAAACAUGAAGUAACAGUGCUGUAGUCUUUUAAACACGAUAAACCCAGUGGACUCAGACACCCUCAUAGUUCAGAUCACUUAGAUUUUUCUCCUAAGUGCCUUAAUGUUCUGUUGAAGCAUAGAUUGGUCCAUUAAGCUGCUGUUUGGAAGCUGAUGGGCCAACAUGGUUUCAGAGGGGAAAGAUACUGAAGAAACCAGAGCCAGUUUAAAAAUGGCGACGUGUGUCUUCAGGCUUGUGCUGGUGCAGAAAUGAUUUUAUUCUAUUUUAGAAGAAAAGAUGUCCACAGUAUUAUAGGUCACAUUACAAAGAACUCACAUGACUUGUGUUGUUUUUCUACAUUUUUUAAAAGUGUGUUUCAACUACAAGUUGUGAUUUGUUGCAUGUUGCAAAUUAAAGGCUCAUUGCACCAUU